AUGAGCUCCUCCCUCGAGGCCAAGAUCGUCGUUCUCGGCGCGCAGGGAGUCGGCAAAACCUCCCUCGUCCAUCGAUACGUUCGCAACGCUUUCACGCCCGCUACGACAACAUCUACCGUCGGCGCGUCGUUCAUCACGAAACGCGUUCUCGAUUCCACCUCCGACACCACCGUCCGUCUUCAAAUCUGGGAUACAGCUGGCCAGGAACGCUUUCGCUCAAUAUCUCGUCUUUAUUACCGUGGCGCGCACGCCUGUCUCCUCUGCUAUGAUAUCACCGACGAGAACACUUUCACUGAGAUGGCGGGCUGGCUGCGCGAGUUGAGGCAGAAUGUCAGCGAGGGCGACGAGCCGCUCGUGAUCCACGUUGUGGGCACGAAAUCCGAUAUUGUUGCGUUGGAUCCCAGCGCGAGACGCGUUCCGUUCGAAAGGACUAUUGCCUAUGUCGCAGACCAGCUUUAUCCGUCCCGGGCAUCGACGCCGCCGCCUACGGCUAUGGGCCUUGGAUUCGGGACUGGUAUGUUUGGGAGUGCGGGGUCUUCUGGGGCAAGUGCGUUGCAAAGUCCGGAUUCCAAGCGCAGCUCGGCGUUCUGGGGACAGGAAAUCGGGUGGGAUUGUUGUCAUGAGAUCAGUGCCAAGGAUGGGGAGGGCAUUGACGAGGUUUUUAGGGUGAUUACGAGGAAGUUGGUUGAGCAGAGGAAUCGAAGGGAUGCUGAGUCGAUGCUUUCGGUUGCUGGGACGCCCUUACCCGAUGGUCUGAGUCCGUUUACGCCGGCGACAAUGGAUGGGGGAAGUUUUAGGCUGGGAAUGGGUGAUAAGAGGAGGAGUUGGCUUGGUUUGGCGACUCCUACUGUUGGCGAGGCAGAGGAGGUGCAGGUUAUACAGUCUGCUCAGAAGAAGGGGAAGUGUUGUUGA